UGUGGCAUCACCUUCCUCUUGUCGUGUGAUUGCAUAGAAAGGCAGAAUUCACAUAUGAGCAAAGAGAAGAAAAAUGAAGAGCAGAGGUCAGCUCCCUUGGAACCAGUCCUUCCUUUCAUUAAUCUUCUCCAAGAAUCACAGUCAGCUGUGGAGUUGAAGAAAGUCAAAAUGGCAAAACUAACACCAAGGGUUGUAAUUCCUUUAAUGGAGCCCUCAAAGAAAUGGAGAAAGUUUUCUUACUCUCCUCAGUGGAUCAGUAUAUUGGACGUGGCUCAGAAAAUCUUCGAUGAAGAAGAUAGAGUGAAGAAGAAACAAAAGCAGAAUAAAAGGGGAGGGGAGGAAAUGCUAGCAGGUGGGAAUUUGGAGGAGGGAAAAGCGGAAAUAAAAAGGGAACAAUUGUCUGACCUUUGUGCUCCAGAGGGCAUCCAACCAAAUACUGGAUGGGAUCUGCAACUCUUACGGGAGCAAUUGCCAACUCCAGGGCCCUCAUAUCUACAGGCGGAGAAAGAGAUCUUAACAGUGAAUGAAAUAGAGGAUAUCAUCCAGGAAAUUGUGGCUGUCAGGGCUAAAGAGAGGCUCUCUGAAGAAAGCAUGCCUCCUGAAGGAAGAGAGCUCUUCUAUCAAGAUGCCUCUUCUAUCAAUGCGCAGAAGCCAUGCUACCAUAGGGACCGGAGGAUGCCACACUAA